AUGGAAUAUUUAGCUAAUGGAUUACAGAAUAAUCAAGCAUUGAGAUCGUUGUCUCUUGACUGUAAUGACGUUGGUAGUGAAGGAGCUCAAUAUCUUGCUAAUGCUUUACAACAUAAUACGACACUUACGAUGUUGAAUUUAUCUCAUAAUCCCAUCCAUAAUGAAGGAGCACAAUAUUUAGCUAAAGCACUAGAAAAUAAUGCUACACUGGCAUCAUUGUGUCUUAUGUCUACUUCUAUCGGUUUUGAAGGAACACGUGCUCUUUAUGCUGGAUUACGAAACAAUCGAACACUAACAUCAUUAAAUCUUUGGGAAAUUCCGAUUUGCUCACAAGGAGCACAAUAUCUAGCAAAUUUAUUACAGACGAAUAACAUUACACUCACGAUACUUUCAAUGGGAAUCAAUGGUAUUGGUCCUAAAGGAGCACAAUAUAUAGCUAAAGCUUUGGAAAAAAAUAAUGUAAAAUGA